AUGGCGUAUAUGAGUGAGAAGGUUCGUGCAUCUUUAUAUGCUGAGAUGGACUCUUCCUUUGGUGUUGCUAAGACAAAACACUGCGUGGUUGAUGCUGAACCGCCGCUAGCUCCCAGAGGUAUAAAAAAGCCGACCAAGCGUAAAGGCACAAAUUACCCUGAACGAUGGAGUUUGUACCACCACCGGCUGAAUUCAUUGUCCCUCCUCCCAAUCCGCCAGAUCGCGUCAUCACUUCGACUCGCGCUUUGCCCUAAACCGAAGGUGGUGAUGAGGCCUCAUUGCAGGCGUGGCCUGAUGCCGCAGCAGAGGGGAAACAUUCAAAUGGUCCGCCAGCGGGGACGUCCGAUGAUGCCCCAGCUAAAGAAAAGUUCAAUGGCCCAGCCACUGGCUGUGCUGCAACCCAGUGCAAAUGAGGGAACUGGCACGUUCCAUUCGUACAUCAGCGAGCACCAGUUCAGAGGGUACGAUGAAGGCACGAUCGGAUGGAUUUUCAGCGUCUUCAUCUUCCUCGGUUUCUUCGGCGGGAUCCAAAUCGGGCCCGCUUCCGGGGCAGCACGCUGCUCCUCGGAUCGUGUACCGCGUACUGGCGUUUCAUGCCUUGUUUGGGAGUUCUGGAUGGUAUUGGGUUGGAUUUACGUGGGCGACAAGAAUCAUUGGCUUCGUCGCGAUCUUCUGAUGCGUGGUCUCAGGGUAAUCCUGGUUUCGCGCGGGGUUCCCACAGAAAACCUAGACAGACGGUUCUGCCCAGCCUAA